UAUAUGUAUAUCUAAAUUGUAAUCAAGAAAUAAUUUAUUUUAAUAAUGUAUUUAUUCAAAAUAAUUUAUAGGGAAUAAUAUAUGUUUGUUAUUGUUUGACGGCUAUUAAUAAAAUUCAAGAAUAUAAAUUAUUUUUUUAUAAUCAUGGCCUCAGGUAAUUUUUUAACGGUUAAAACUCAUUUAUCGGAGUUUAAAAAUAACUCGGACAAGGAUACAAUAAGCGAGGCGUCAGAAAGUGGCACGAGCAACUCUACGUCAGCUGAAGACCUCCAAAAACUCGCUGUGAUUCUCGGAUUGAAUAGCGUCGAAGAUGUUUACCAAGAACGAUUCCGUGUUGACAGGCGCCGGUUGGAGACAAUGCUGGCUGAUAAUUUGGACGAAUCUCAAACGGCACAAGCUUUCUUCCACCGGGUAAUGAAUGACACUAACACAUUGAUCAACUGGCCAACACGUUUAAAAAUCGGAGCCCGCUCAAAAAAAGAUCCUCACGUGAGAGUGGCUGGCAGGGUCGAUGAUGUGAAACUAGCGAGAGAAAAGAUUAUGCAGUUGCUGGAUACUCGGAGCAACCGUGUCACAAUGAAGAUCGACGUCAGCUACACCGACCACUCGCAUAUCAUCGGAAAGGGUGGGCUAACAAUAAAGCGCGUUAUGGAGGAGACCGGAUGCCACAUCCACUUCCCGGAUUCGAACCGGACCAGCGCCAUCGAGAAAAGCAACCAGGUUUCCAUCGCUGGCGAUAUGGAACGCGUUGAGAGGGCCAGGGCUCGUGUUCGGGCGCUAACUCCGCUGGUGUUUUGCUUCGAGCUGCCGAUAGUGGCGCCCUCUCAGCCGCUGCCCGACAUCAACUCUCCCUAUGUGCAGCAGAUACAGGAACAAUAUAAUGUGCAGGUCAUGCUCCGCAAUCGGCCCAAGCUCCACGCAAAUCUGCUGGUGGUGAAAGGAGUCCAGUGGGAGGUGCAAGCUACCAUGGAAGCUACAGGGCUCCUUAUGAACUAUAUGUGCGGACAACUCGCGAGCCAAACCCACGUGCAAAUGUCUCUCGAAAUCUCUCCAAUCCACCACAGCGUGGUCGUAGGCCGCGGAGCAGAACAACUCAAGGUCAUCAUGAAGGGAACCAACACUCAGAUCAUGUUCCCUGACGCUGACGACCCGAACAUUCCCGUGAUCAAGAAGAGUUGUGUGACGAUCACUGGACAGAUUAAGGAUGUUUAUACGGCGAGGCAGCAACUUGUGGGAAGCCUCCCCCUAGUAGUGAUCUUCGAUGUUCCCGAAGAAGCGUGCCGCUUGGACCCGGAAUCUGCCGUCAAACUGAUGCACAAAUACAACGUUUACAUCAACAUCCGUCGCAAACCGAAGCAGGGCAUCGCUUCUGUCGUCAUUAAGGGCAUUGAGAGAUGUGCAGGUGACCUGUACGAAGCACGCAGAGAACUCCUCGGCGGUAAGGAGCCCGUCAUCACGGCAGAGAUCCCGGAAUCUUACAGCAUUCCGGCCCUCUCAUCCAUGCCGUUCGUAUACACGUCAUUCUCGCCGUCUCACCCGACCGUCACCAACUCUCCGUGUUCCCCGUACAACAUGCAGCUGUCCGAGAUGUCCAAUUACGCUAGCCCCAUGUUUCAAACACCUACUCCAGCAGGCUACCCCAGCCCAUUAUCGCCAGUAGCCAUCACACCGCCAGUGUACCCGAAUACUUGGCUGAUCCCGUCUCCACAACCCCGAGCUGGUCAGUUCCACUACCCGAGCAUGGUCAACAUGUACAAGAACUCUUGGAACCCUAUGUCAAACGGUCCAGACAUGGGCAGCAUGCAGCCACCAAUGAUGUUGCAGCCCACAUAUCAACAAAUGCCCGAGGGUCGCCAUACCACGCUGAGCCAGCUCCUGAACUCGAGCUCGCAGGCGAGCAGCGGGUACCAGAGCAACUUCACAGGCAGUUCUGUCUCGCUGGACACUCAAAACAUUUCAGGCGGUGAUGGCAGCAACAUAGCGUCUCCUUCCAUGUCUCCCAUCAGCAAGGGACACAGCCCUGCGCCUUCAUCGGAUACGGAUCGCUCUCAACAAGAAAUAGCGAGCAUCAUCUCCGACCUGCCUCUAUCGGAGCGGCGCGCUCCGGGCUGCGAAAAGAAGACCCUCGAGACUCUCGGCAAACUGUCGCCUCUCACUGCAGAAUACCGCAAGAUGAAAGCUGAAGCUAGCAAGGCAAUGCAAGAGAAAGUUGGGAGUAACUACCGCAUGCCGACACCUCGCUGGUCGGGGUACUACUUCAGCCACACUUCGCCUGGACCCAUCAACGUUAAGGAAGAGAUGCCCACUACUCCGGAAAAAGGCUGGAACAGGUCUGAGCUCGUGCGCCCCAACAUCAUUGAAAAGCCGUCGCCGCCGCAAGCUGCACAGACUUCGGGGAAACCCUGCCGCUACCAGCAGUUGUAUGAGCUGCUUCGAGAGAUAGGACUGCACAAAUACAUCGAUUUGUUCAAAAAGCACGAGUUAGACAUGUCUACAUUCGCGUCUCUCAACGAGGCAGACCUGACUGAGAUUGGCGUCACCGCCUUUGGAGCUCGCAGGAAGAUGCUGCUAAUCAUCGCAGAGCUGCAACAACAAGCGAGCGUGUUCAAAGGCUCUGCCGCGCCGGGCGCCGAGCGCAAACUCAUCAACUCCCCGCCCUACAACACCAACGCUAUUACUCAGGACAAGUGGUAGCCCAGUUAAGGACACACACGAGACCAGUUACCAAGACACUCCACAUGCCAUUAUGCCUCGUUUACACGAGGCCAGUUACCGAGACAGUCCACUUGCACACUUACACCAAAGGUUUCCCCAAACUUAUCGACACGGAUCAGCUCUACCACCAAUCGCUCAUUAGUAGGAAUGAAGACGCCGCGUGAUCGUCGCUU